AUGAAUGAGAAAAGAAUUAAAUUAAAUGUGGGAGGAAUGUUUUACGAAACUACAAAUACUACUCUGCUAAGUGUGAAUGGAGACUCAAACUACUUUUCUGCAUAUUUAUCUAGAACAGAAAAGAACUCAGAUAAAAAUUUAAAAGAAGAAAUCAUUGAACUAUUCAUAGACAGAAAUGGGUUUCUAUUCCAGUAUGUUCUGGAUUACUUGAGAACUGGCACAAUAGUAGCUGUGCCAGACAAAGACCAUAUAAUUAGGGGACUAUUAGUUGAGGCAGAUUUUUACCUUUUAGAAUCUUUAUCCUCUUCUCUUUCAAACAAACUUCAAGAACAAAACAUGAACAAGUUAAAUUCAAAUAUAAAUUUUAUGGUCAGCCAAAGUCAAAGUCAAAGCCAGAGCCAAAGUCAAAUUUUUAGCCAGAGUCAGAGCCAAAGUAUGAUGUCGGAUAUUUCAGAAUCUUCCGUACCAAUGAUAAACAAUAUUUCUAAAAAAGAACAUUCUUCAAACUCAUAUAUAAUCAAUAAUUUAUAUUCAUGUAGCUAUAAUGCAGGAAAUUAUAUGUUACAAGAAAGUGUGGCUGAAGUGGAAAAUAACUAUUUAAGAUUUGAAUUCUCUUUGGACGAGGAUUUUUAA